AACAUGCCUGAAACCACCGUGAAAGCGCCCAAGAAGGGCUCAAAGAAAGCCGUGUCUAAGAGUGUCAGUAAGAGCGGCAAGAAGAGGAGGAGGACCAGGAAGGAGAGCUACGCCAUCUACGUGUACAAGGUGCUGAAGCAGGUCCACCCCGACACCGGCAUCUCGUCCAAGGCCAUGGGCAUCAUGAACUCGUUUGUGAGCGACAUCUUUGAGCGCAUCGCCGGUGAGGCCUCCCGUCUGGCUCAUUACAACAAGCGCUCCACCAUCACUUCCAGGGAGAUCCAGACCGCCACCGCCGUCCGCCUGCUGCUGCCCGGUGAGCUGGCCAAGCACGCCGUGUCUGAGGGCACCAAGGCCGUCACCAAGUACACCAGCUCCAAGUAA